UGGGGCAGAGCCCGGCUCCGGGGGAACCGUGGGGGGAGCCCGCAGCUGCGCUACGGGAGAGGAAAGCAGAGCCGAUCUGCGAGCGCGGACCCCAAGCGGGGUGUGCUAACCCGCCGGGGGCGGAGGGAUGCUGCUGCCCCUCCUGCCCGCGCCGGGAGAGAGGCGGGCGGUCCCUCCGCAGGGCAGGACGGGGGGGUCCGCUCCUGUUCCCCCCUCCCCAGCGCCGCAGCCCCCGGCUCAGCCCGCCGGAAAUUCCCCCGCGCUGCCGAUGCGAGGGGAAGCGCAGCGCGGAGGUGGGGAGCGGCCGUGUUCCGUCGGCGUGAGCAGGAUUGCUCGGUAGCAGCUAGAAAAAGCCCUGCGGAAAGUUAAGGCAGAAAUCCGGCCAUUUAAGCCCUUUCUUCUUAUGGAUUUUGACGGUUUUUUUUUUCGUUUGUGUGGCUUAGGCUCUCAGAACGCGCUCCUCGCUCCCCUCUCGUCCCUUUUCUCCUUAGGAGCUGCGGCAGUUCCAUCGGUGAUUAGAACAUGAACCUCUCCCCCCAUUCUGAUUUAUUGCUUUUCAUAUGCUGCUUUCCCAGAGAGAAGGCUGAGAAGACAGCUCAGGGCGUUUGUUCCUCUAAAACCCCAAAACUGGAGGAGAAACCCAGCGAUUGCCAUGGCUGCGGGCCGUGGGGCUGCGUGUCUGAUCCAGCAUUCUCCUGCGGGAAUGGCACCUCUCUGGGACAGCCCCAGGACUCACUGUUGGGGCCGACCUGCUUUGCAGGGACAGGGGUUUCGUUCCCACACACGUGGAAGCAGCGAAGUGCUGCAGCUGAUGGCGCUGGGCAGAUUUCUGUCCCUUUAAUUAAAAGAAUUUUAAUGAUGGAGGAGGAGAGAACAGAGUGAAGUGAUUACUGCUGGCGCGGAGCUGCCCUGGCAUGCCUGGAGUUACAGGGCUGCUGGUGCUGUGGGAUGGGAUUAGUGCUCCGGGGCUGUGUCUCCAGACAUCUAUAGGGCUCCAGGAGUGCUGCUGCUCCCAGGAGGUGGCAUGGGGAUGGGGAUGAGCAUGGGGAUGGGGAUGGCAGCGGGGAGCCCUGGCUGCUGCCAGCUGGGAGCGGCUUGCUGGGCUGGCAAUGCAGCGUCAGAGCGCAGGGUGCUAAAAAUAGAGCCCGACGUGAUCAGAGCAUACAGAGCCCCUGCGCUCCGCUCCUCGCCUCCUCCCAUUCUCCCCCUCUGAGCUUUGAAGGGGAAAACGUCCGCAGUGGUUUGGGCUGUGCUGGGGGAUUUUGACUCAGUAGCAAAGGGGGAUUCCUUGGUAUUGCAAGAUCAAGGGAGGGCAGCAGGGAGGGCUGAGGGGGACGUGGGGGAAUGGGAAUGGCUGGGUCUGGAAGAACCCAGAACAGUACAUCGGUAAUGUCAAGAACAAUAAAUCAGAAAGCAGAGAGUCAGAGGGGCUGGGGACCUGUGUCCCUGCUGUGUCCGUGCUGGAAGAGGCUUCCUUUCCCUGUGGGAGGAUGGUCAGUGUCCGACAGCGCUGCCUGAAGCAAAGUCCAUCCCGUUCAGCUCCUUGGUGUGGAUCCCUCCAGGAGAUGGGCAUGAAUGCAGUAUGGCCCUAGAGGAUAUUACAGUGAAAGUGUGUGUGGGGACAGUUUCGUUCUCCCAUCUCAUGCUGCUGGCAGCAGUUCCCACCUCAUGCCCUUGCUCCCACCAGCUGGGCUCUAUGGGACUCCCUGUUCUCCGGCACAUCUCCUAUGGUUCUGUUUGUUGUUGUUUCUGCCUGUGUGUAGGUGCCUUACAGCACGUGUUGCCCCUGUGCAGGUGCCACUGCCUCUCAGCCUGCUGCUUUCUUUCCCCCUGCGUGAAACCUCGGCUCCCCGGGCAAUCUGGGAAAAACAAAAACGAUGUGGCCACUUUUGGAGCAGAAAGUGAACAUAGUCCGCUGUGACCUGCUCUUCACUGAGGACAUCAAUCGAAGGAUGCGGGUCCCCAACAGACUCACAGUGGCAAACAGCUUCAGCCCUGUGGACGAGGAGCCCAUGUCCGAGGGUGUCCCUCCUUCCUUUCCAACGCACGUUCCCGUUGGGAUUUCUCUUGCAGAUGCAGAUCUGAGACCCGUCCUGCUGGACCAGCAGAGGAAUGUCCCCUCCGCUGAGGUGUGCAUGUCUCUAGGCUCCUCGGCUCAGCAUUCCGCCCUGGGGGAGAUCCCUUUUCUGCACAUGGCUGGCAGAUCAAGUGCCCAGAAUCGCAGACGAUUGCAGGGCCAUCACAGCAGCAGGUUGCGGCGGCAGAGCCAGCACAGCAGUGGGUCACGGCGAUCCUCAAGUGACAGUGCCCAGCUGGCCUUGCCCAGCCCAGCCCGGCAUCAUGAGCAGCUGGACACCUGCCCCCCACCUGCUCGCAGUGCCCCACUCCCCCUCCUUGCUGGGACAGGCAGGAUCUACUCCAUGCAGAACAUCUUCCAGACCAUGUACCUGCUGGGCCAGGUGCUCUUCCACCGUGUCCAGAACUCUCUUCAAGACCCGGUGCCAUCCAGCUCCCAGGAGGCUGGUGCAGCCCCGGAGGAGGUCAUCGUGGCCGAGGCUGCAGCAAUGAAAAAAGAGCUGGCCAGGAUCUCGGAGCGGCUGUGCGUGCUGGAGGAGCAGUACAAGGCCUGGCGGAAAGAGGAGCCCCUGGUGUACUCCAUGCUGCUCUCUGCUUGCCUCGUCAACACCUGGCUCUGGCUGUGGAGAUGAUUCUGUGCCUUGGGCUCCCCAACCCACCCUGGGCGAGAGCAGGGAAAGGAUCCUUGCUCGUGUACCUGCGGAUGGUAAAACCAUGUGUUUCUUCUGAACUUGACCUGCUUUUUGGCAUCCUUUAGGAUCUGAGGUGGAACCAUAAAGCUGGACCUGGUGCCACAGCAGCUGGAGAUGGAUGACAGGGAGUGGUGGGGUGUGACAGGGAGCAUGGCUCAGCAUGCAUAGUCCCAGGGCUGGGCUGUGUUUGGUGUAUGGUUGCAACCAUGCGGUGUGUUUGAUGGGGUCAAUGGUCAUGUGGGAAGCUGCUGUGAGAAGCCCAAGUCUCAUAAGAAAUUUGUGAAUGACACAAGAGGGAUCUGUCCUGCACAGUGCAAUGGGAGAGCCUCUGCCCCUGGGGCUGUGUAUUGGAGCAGGCACAAAGUGUUGGGUCUCUGUGGACGUCAGGUCCUGUCACAGUCUUAGGCCAUGGUUCAUCUGGUCCCCUGGCUGUGUCACAGCUUGGACAACUUAGUUCUGCCUCCAUAAAACUCAUAGAAUUCAUAGAACCAUAGAAUGGCUUGGGUUGGAGGGGAACUUUAAGCCCACCCAGCCCUACCCCCUGCCAUGGGCUGGCUGCCCCCCGCCAGCUCAGGCUGCCUAGGGCCCAUCCCACCUGGCCCUGAGCACCUCCAGGGAUGGAGCACCCACAGCUCUCUGGGUAGCAGUGCCAGUUGCUGUGGUCUCUUCUUCAACUUCCACCCCGAGAGCUUAUGCAGAGUGUUUGUGUGUUUCUGAACUGCUGCUAGGUUUUCUUUUCUUCCUUGAGCAACUGUGUGAGCAGCCCUGUGCCAGGGUAGCCCCUGCUUCAGGAUAGGGGUGGACCCAGAGGAGCUGGGGGCUGCCAUCCGCAGGGGAAUUGGACCAGAUGAUCUUUAAAGGCCCCUUCCAACUCAAACAAUUCUAUGAUUCUAUGAUCCCUGUGACCACUGCUGUGGCACCACCUCCUCGGCUCCUGUUGUGCUGGAGGCUCUCAGCAGUGGGUUUGCAAGUGCUCAGAUCCCAAGUGGCUGUAAGAGUACUGCUGAACUCUGGGCUUUUCCAGGAGCUUGGCUUUUUCCCAGGGAGAGGUACAUGGGAAACCUCCCUGGGGUGAUUAUAAGACCUCGUAAUAACAGUGCAGGCACCAGACAGGCCAUGGACAGUUGCCCGUUUGGGCAGCAGUGGGUAUUUGUGAGAUUGCCAGUGCCAGAGGGCAGGAUCACUCCCAGUCUGCUGCCAAGUUGCAACUUCAGCGUGGUGCAACAGCAGAAGUGAGGGGAAUCCUUGGCUCAGGUGCUAACUAAAACCAAGCCCAGUUCAACAGCUCUGCUGGUUCUUUCCUUCUUUGAGGUUUAGGAGCACUUGGAUUCACGGUGAAUCGAGAUUCUCAUAGUGGUUCCAUCCAAUGCAUCUGCUAGAGUUAUGCCUGCAGGCUUGGGGCAGGUGUUGCCAAUAGGGCCUCUCUGUUCCACCUAUAAAUGAUUGUAGCUGGAUCUGCAAAUCACCCAGAUGUCCCGAUGGCUUAUUUACAGACACGGAUGCUUAGGUGUUCCCUGCCUGCCACUGCAUCAAGCCUCCAUGGCUGUAAAUCUGGCAGCUGGACAUUUACUAAUAAAUAACUGUCCCACAAGUAAUUGCAGGUCUGAACCUGUGGCUGAUGUCUGGGCUGAGGACAGCGCUGGGAUUUAGUGCAGGUGAAAGCAGGAUGGGGGGCUGUGCUGCAGUGCUGUGUGUGCAAGGGAUGGCAGCAGGGCUGCUGGCAUGGCUCAGGGAUGUGGACAGGCUGGAAAUACGUGGAGGUGAAGCAAUCAGAUGGGAUGUGUUCCUGAAGGCUGAUUAUGGGCAGGUUGUAUUGGGUAGGUGGCCUGGUUUCAGCUGGGACAGAGUUGCAUUUUUCCUUCAUAGUGCCUGGUAUGGUGCUGCGUUUUGGCUUUGGGAGAAAAACCGAUGCUGAUAAACACAUGAUGGUUAGCUGUUGUGAGCAGCGCUGCACACAGCCAUGGACCUUUCAGUUCUCAGCUUCUGGCACUGUGCUGCCAGUGAGGGGCUGGGGGGCACAGGGAGCUGGGAGGGGAUGGAGCCAGGACAGCUGACCUGAACUGACCACAGAGUAUUCCAUACCACGGGGCAUCAUGUGGGAAGCCUUGACAGCGGUGGGGAGCUGGUAGAGCAGCUGCUGCUCAGGGACUGGUGGGGAGUGGUCGGCGGGUGGUGAGCAAUUGCAUUGUGCAUCACUUACUUUGUAAAUAUAUGUUAUUAUCAUUACUAUUUUCCUUUUCCUGUUGACUUAGUAAGUAGUUCUUACCUCCAGCUAUGAGUUCUACUUUGUUUUCUGUGCAUAUUUUAAUAAAUUCUGUGUGUGCUGGA